GCAGAGCCACCAGCACCACCAGCAUCCCUCUGCUGCUGGAGGGACCAUGAUCUCUCAGGGAAGAGAAAGGAGGAAUGGUGGAAACCUGUUGGGAGAGGGAAGGAAGUUGUAGAAUGGGAAGUUCUACAGGGAAGAAGAGUUAUUCUAAUCAGGACGAAAUGAGGACACAUUAGUAAAAUAAUUCAUUUGCAGCUUAUGACAAAAGUCACUUUCUCUGUAGGAAAAAGAUAAGAAGUGAAAUAACUCGAAGGAACUCAAAUUCUGAUGGAACCAAAGCUGCAAUUUCCGUGACUGCACCGACCCUUGGGAAGCAGCACCAGGAGAAGGCACGGAAAGGAGACAGCAUAACAGGAGAGGGGAGCUCCUGGUGAUCUGGGCACUUUCUCCUUCAUGUUACUGACCCGGGAGGAGCCGCUUUAGGAUAUGGAUCCCAAAAGAGUAAGGGGUACCAGGAAGCGCCGCUGAUCUGCACAGACCCCCUUUGCCUGCUGCUGCCCCACUGUGAACAGGGAGCUGCAGAGGAGCCGCAUGGUCCAUCCCGGGAUUCUCCAAGCACUGACUCCCCAUCCACUCUGACCACAGCCAGGGGCCACAUCCCACUGCCUGCCCAGCGUCCAUCCAUGGAGGUGACCACCGUGUCCCCAUCUCCUGCCUCACAUACUGAAUGGGACAAUGUCUGUGAGACAGAUGUCACCAAUGUGGCCAUACACAGUGUGACACUGCUCGUCUGCCUCUGUGGGCUGGUUGGGAACGGCGCUGUCCUCCGACACCUCAGCCUGAAACUCCAUAAUGCUGGCAUAUUUGACCUGGCUUUCACUGACUUCCUCUUCCUGCUCUUCACAGUCCCCUCUGCCCUCCUCCUCCUGGUGGAGGACGUGUCCUGCUCUCCUAUCUUGCCUCUGCUGUACCUGAGUUUCCUUUUCCAGCUUUCAGUGGUCUCCUGCUUCUGGGUACUGUUCCGGAUGAUGUACACCAGCAGUGUGGUGAAUAUGUACAAGCUCUGCAUGUUCUGUUGCCGCUGCGUCCUUCCUGAGCGUCUGCUAUGGUUGGUGGACAGUCUCCAAUACUGGGUCUUCUUUUCUCUCUUCACUGUCAUUCCUGCAGUGACAAACCUGUGCCCGGCACAGCAGCAGGAGCAGUGCCAAGCAGCUCUCAUCUCCAUGUAUGCCCUCAUCCUGCCCCUCUUUGUUGCACCCCUGGUCAUUUCCAGCACAAUUGACAUCAUUAACACCAAGUGCGGUGCCAAUAAGCGCUACAUCGUUAUCUCCCUUGUGAUGGUCUUCAUUCUCCUGCUCAGCUCCUGCAAUUUCCUGCAUCAGCUUGGCUACACCCUUGUGUCUUCUGAGGUUUUGUUCCUGCUCAACUGCAUCCACAGCAGCAUCAAACCCUUCAUCUACUUCGUGGUAGGGAGGUGCUGGAGCCCCUGCUCCAUGGGCUCCUUCCGGCUCUCCCUCCAGAGGGUCUUUGAUGAGCAGGAAGAAGAAGAUGCCCACAGCCAUGAUGCCUCCAUGGACACAGGGGUCUGAGCCUGGUGAUCCCUUCCACUGCUCUGCUGAAGGACCCUGGGAGAGUGGCUCAGGGUGUCCUUGAGCCACCUGAUUAAUAAAUAUCCACAGGAUCCCCCUCCCUGUGGUGCUGCAUUCCUGCAGGAGAAGGGAGCAGGGGCAUUGCCCCGGGUGAUUUUUGAGGGCUGCUCUGCAGGGAGCACACUGGAGCAUGGCUUUCCUCCUCCCUCCUGGAUCCACACAGCUCUAAGCAGAGCAGCUGGGCUCUCUUGCCUGCAAAGAAUGUGACACAGUUGAGCCUUGGGGACACAUCCAGCAGCUCAGGGUGCCAGUGAUUUCCCAAAUCCCUGUGGGGCUGGUGCCUCCUGAUGGCAGCAGAGGGGUUGGGAUCACAUGGAGCAUCCUUCCCCUUCUGUCCAGCAGAGCCAGCCCUGCAUUCCCAGCUGAUGGGAAGAGACACCAGGUAGGGCUGCAGAGCUGGGCAGGAACAGCAACAUUCCCUCAUUCUUUCAGUGGGAAUUGGUCACAUUCUUUCAUCCCAGAAUUAAAUCAUUCUGAGGAAAGUGCAGGGUCGAUGGAGAACUCCCCUGAACCCUUGUGCCUGUGACCAACAAGAAUAUGGAAGAUGGAAAUUCACAUCACCAGGUGCUUGGCCCAUUUAAUUUCAUAGGAAUUAGGGGGUUUUGCUGCUGUUCUGCACAAUGGGGCCAUCCUCUGCUUCCCCAGCAUCAAAGUCCAAGGAAGGCCUGGAGCACCUCCAUCCUCAACCUGGCCGCCCUCAGGAGGAGUUGAACAGCGACUCUGCACAGCAGCUUCAGCCAAAAUCCAUCUUGUACUCAUCUUUGUCCUUUUGUGACUACCUGUAAAUUAUGUUUGCAUUUAUGUCUUUUGCAUGUUUCCAAUGUGGUAACUCCAAACCACAUCUAGAGGGGAUUUCUGCAUCUCCUCUGGACUCAUGGACUGCUGGAGGACAGUUUGUUUCAUCACAGUAUACACUUGCCGAGAGAUCUCAGCUGUGAUUUUUGGAGCACUUCUUCUCCAUCUUUUUUCCAUUGACCUUGGUGCUGCCGUGUUGUUUUCCCUCACCUGUCCUCACCCUCCCUCUCCUCUCUGACUAGAGGAAAAACUGCUGCCCAUC